AUGGUGCAGCUUCUGAGCUUGGUCGUCGUCUUCGGCGUGGCCGCUGCAAGCAACAUCAAGGUGGCGUCGAACGACUAUGCCUUUACUCUGGUGAACCUCCUCACGGGAAAGGGAGCCUGUUGGGGUGACGUGGGCUUCGGUGGUAACUGCACUUCGGUGGACUUCUCCAACGUGCAGCAGGUGGAAGCCAAUGCCUUCGCCUUCCUUGCACUCAGCAGUGGCGGCGGCGAGUGCUGGGGAAAAGACGACAAUGGAGGCGACUGCUCCGGCUUGGACCUCGCGGGAAUGACCGAAGUCGCCACCACGGACUACAGCUUUGCGGCGCUGGAUCCGGUGAACGGCCGAGGACUGUGCUUCGGCUCGUCGGCAUAUGGUGGCGAGUGCGGCGGAGUGGACUUCUCGCAGGUCAGCAAGAUUUACGGGAAUCUCUUGGCCUUUGUGGCGAUUGGCGGCAACUCGGGACAGUGUUGGGGUCACAGCUCCUUUGGCGGAGACUGCAGCACGGUUGAUUUCACUGGCGUCACCGAGGUGGUAGCGGGAGACUACGCAUUUGUGGCCUUGAACAAAGCUGCGGGCACCAUCCGAUGCUGGGGCUUUGGCCUGUAUGGAGGCGAUUGCAGUGCCGUCACUCUGACGGGCAUCACAGACGUGUACACCAACGGCCAGGCCUUCUUGGCAUUGAACCGCAACAGCGGUCAGGGCGAGUGUUGGGGUAACGGCCAAGCCGGCGGCGACUGCAGCAGCAUCGACUUCUCGGGCGAGGUGCAAAUCUUCUCCACCAACUCUGCUUUCCUCGCCCUCAAGAGUGGCAGCGGUCAAUGCUGGGGCAACCCAGAUAACGGAGGCGACUGCAGCAAUGUCUUCUUUACCAGCAAUUCCCAGAUCUACCACACCAGUGCAGCCUUCGUGGCUUUGGAUGCUGUGAACGGCCUUGCGCGGUGCUGGGGCCACGCAUCUUUCGGAGGCGAUUGCUCGGGCAUUUCCUUCGAGGGCUUCACCAACGUGUAUGCCACCGGCUAUGCUUUCAUGGCCAUGAAUCCGGUAACUGGAGUCGCCAGGUGUUGGGGCUCUCCGGGCUUCGGUGGGGAGUGCAGUGGCGACUUCACGGGCUUCGAGGUGUACUCCAAUGAGUUCGCCUUCGUGGCCGUGAGCGCAGAGGAAGUGCGUACCUGGGGCAGCAGUGCCCAGGGAGGCGAUGCCAGCAAUGUGAAUUUCCCACCGCUGCUGGAGAUGCCGACCACCGUGACAGAGACCACCAUCACUGCAACCAGCACGGAAACUACAGCCACCGCCACCAGCACCGCGACUGACACGACGCUGUCGACAACGACCGUGACGACAGUGACCGACACGACGCUGUCAACCACGACGGUGACCAUGGCCACUGCCACCACCACUGUGACCGACACGACGGUGUCAACCACGACGGUGACCACGGCCACUGCCACCACCACUGUGACCGACACGACGGUGUCAACCACGACGGUGACCACCGCCACUGCCACCAUCACGGUGACAUCCACCACGGCCACUGCUACCACCACUGUGACCGACACGACACUGUCAACCACGACCGUGACCACGGCCACUGCCACUACCACGGUGACCGACACGACGCUGUCCAAGACGGCCACCGCCACCACGACAGUGACUACGGCCACUGUCACCAUCACAGAGACCGACACGACGCUGUCAACCACGACGGUGACUACGGCCACUGCCACCACCACAGUGACCGACACUACGCUGUCAACCACGACAGUGACUACGGCCACUGCCACCAUCACAGUGACCGACACGACGCUGUCCACCACCACCGUGACCACAGUCACUGCCACCAGCACGGUGACCGAUACGACGCUGUCAACAACCACCGUGAGCACGGCUACUGCAACCAGCAUCACUACACUGUCCACCACGACGGUGGUGGCGGAUCCCGCGGCAACACCUGCCACCACCACAACGACUGCGGCACCGUCAAGUGGGCAAUGCCGCUCUUGGUGCACCUUCUUUGUCGGCGCCUGGAGUCGUGUUUGCGACUGGAGGACAUGCUCUGGCUGUGACAGGUGCCUUUCGGAGCCCGAGCCGGAGCCAGAGUUGCCUUCUUGCAGCAACAGCUGCGAGAAGUACAAGGGCCGGGCACGUGGUGAUGGAUACAAGAGCUACGAGUUCCUCUGUGUCCGUGAGCGGCGAAAGGGUAACUGGUGCUACCCGCCGCUGCCAUGGUCGAAGAAGUGCUGGCGGGGCUACUCUAAGUGCCGGGUGGAGGAGACCCAGGAGAACCCGGGAACGUCGCGGCGCCUGCGCGGCUCUCAUUGA